GCGGAACGUUCCGGCCGGAUGUUUGUGCCCCGUCAGUGCGACACACGCAACGCAAACUAAACAAUAAGGAAGCGUUCUACCUGCCAUAUCACUCGGUGAUGUGAUCGAGGCUACGUGCGGUAGUAAGUUCCAACCAUCAUCUCUCGAGUGACGUGUCCCGAAGACAUGGCCGAGCGAGAAACGGAUCACCAGCACACCGCAGGCGGCGGUGGCGAUGGACCGGAAGCUCAGGCCAAGGAGAUGGAUCACAUCUCGGCCUCAGAUGAGGGCAAACAGGAGGAGACUGAUCAGAGGCUCUCAGAAGAUGCAGCUUCAUCGUCCGCAUCCACAACCAGAGAGACUGACGGCGAUGGUGACGUCGUGAUGCAGCACAACGUUAAAAACGGGGAUUCAGCUGGAGAGAGGACGGUGCCUCCAACAGAAGGUUUUUCACCUCCAGAAGAGGACGCAAGGCUGAACGUUGAGGACAAGAGAAACGCACUGCAGCCUGAAGAAGAAAGUCAUGGGGAUUACACGAGGCAGAGAGAAGUAAAUGACCUACAGCCCAAGACGACGGAGGAGAUUUCAACUAUUGUGAUGUUACCAGGCGAAGCACCAAGGACAACCAGCCCACUUACCUUGGACAGAAAAAAGGGCGAUGUGGUAGAUAGAGCUGUUGAGAAGACCCCAGACACUGAUGCUGGAGAAGGUGACAAAGUAGAUGGAGCCAUUGAGGAGACCCCCGACUCCAACACCCCAGACACUGAUGCUGGAGAAGGUGACAAAGUAGAUGGAGCCAUUGAGGAGACCCCCGACUCCAACACCCCAGACACUGAUGCUGGAGAAGGUGACGAAGAAGAUGGAGCCGUUGAGGAGACCCCAGACACUGAUGCUGGAGAAGCUGAUGAAAGCUCCCCGGGGAAGGAAGAAGAGGUCCCAAAGGGGCACAUCAUCUCCCCUCAAAGAGGGGAACAUGUUGAAACUAUUGGUCCUACCCCUGAGGAGACUGCUGAUGUUCCCCCUGCAGUGGGGGGGGUUAUUCGUGGAGGUACACGUCCCUCCACCAUAGGAAAAGGAAUCCUGAUAGGGAUUGGUGUCGUAGUGAUUGCCGCCCUGGUGCAGCAGUUCCUCAAAACCCAGGUUCCACCUCCGAAAGAUGAAGUGCGGCCAAUAGACAUCUUCCUCGGGCAGCUGGAAAGAGUAAAGACUCAGUUCCCCCAUCAGCGUGCCGAGCUCUGGAACAGGAGCAAGAUCCAUCUGCUGAGGCACCUCCGAAAGGCCCAGCCCACUGAGCCGGUCAGUCUGAUCCUGACUGCGGGCCGCGGCGGCGAGAGGACCCUGCAGUGCCUGGCCCAGAGGCUGGCCUCCGCCUUCUCGUCUUCCCUCAACGCCUCCGUCCUCCACAUCGACGGCGCCAGCAAGGCCAGCGAGGACAGCGACCAGGUCAAGCUGGACAUCGACAGCAAGCUGCAGGGGGCGUUCGAGGGCGACAAGCCCGUGGCCGUCAUCAACCGCUUCGAGGAGCUGCCCCCGGGCGCCACUCUCAUUUUCUAUCGCUACUGCGACCACGAGAACGCCGCCUACAAGAAGACUUUCAUGAUCUUCACAGUGCUGCUGGGGGAGAAAGAGGAGAUCCCCGCUGAUACCCGCUUGACCACUGUGGAAGAGAUGGUGGACGACCAUUUGCAGAAGAAGUUCCUCUCCGAAGGCCAUCCAGUAUCUUUUGACAGGAUGGACCUCGACAAGUACGGUGGACUGUGGAGCCGUAUUUCUCACCUCAUCCUGCCAGUGGCAGCAGAGGAAAAGAUAGAACAUGGAGGCUGCCAGGCGACAUAAACAGUCCCUCUUGAACUUUUAAUCCCAGCACUUAACUACCGCCUAUCUGUCACCGAGUGACUCUGGUCAUUCUUACAAUUACUACAAUAAAGCUCACUACAGAUUAAGGGAUCUUCUAUAAAUGAAACAUAUUUUCUGAAGAUUAAUCUUGGGGAUGUUUGGGGGGGGGGAAAAAAUUCAGGACUUUCUUCGUGGUGCUUUAUACUUGUGGUUCUUUGAUCAGGUGUAAUUAUAGCUCAACUGGGGUCCUUGUGGAUUUUGCAUCACAAAGCGCUAUUAUUUUGGUGUCACAACACAGGGUUUAUUAUUCUUAACCACAAAUGUCUUAUUCUGUGAUACUCAAACCGACAUGGCACCACGGGCCUUAACCGAACUUCCCAUGUUCCUUUUUAUAUACUUAACAUAAACAAGCAUCACAAUGAGGGACUGUACAUGAUCACACUAAAAUUCGGGUUCAAUGGAAAUACAAGCAGGAAUUGGAUGUGCCUUAAAGUGUAAAUAAACAGGUGAUUUAAAAUG